AUGUAUCAGAACCUCACGAAACAAGUCCUGUUGUCCACAGCCAUUGUUCGCAUCCAGGAUUCUCUUGGCAAUACUCGACUAGCUCGAGCCUUGCUUGACUCGUGCUCCCAGUUUUGCUUCAUGACCACUCGCUUCAGCCAACAACUAAAACUGCGACAUGUUCCAGAAAACCUCACCGUUCAAGGCAUCGGUGGAUCACGAGCUGUGUCACGCAAACUGGUUGUAGCUUCCGUUCGUGCUCGGACCUCGUACAUCUCAGCUUUCAGCAGAGCUAUGAGCUUCUUUCUUUUGCCUGAGCUGACAGCCACACUUCCCGCAAAACGAGUCGAGUACGAGAGUUGGCGUUUACCCCACGAUGUUCAGCUUGCUGAUCCCAGAUUUUCGGAACCAGGAGAGAUCGACAUCAUUAUUGGCGCCGAGCACUUCUUUGAUCUGCUUCUGGAAGACAGAUUCAAGCUGACGAAUGAUGGCCCAAGCCUUCAAAACUCUGUUUUCGGAUGGAUAGUUGCUGGUACCAUUCCGAAUAAAUCUGUAUCCUGUUCGCCUUCCUCCGUGACUUGUUCAGUAGCAGAAAUUCAGGAGCAGCUCACUAAAUUCUGGGAACUGGAAUCGUGUAGGUCAGCAAGUACCCAAUCCGUGGAAGAGUCAACUUGUGAGGAGAUUUUUGCUGAAACCACCACCCGUGACUGCGACGGAAAAUUUGUUGUCUCUUUGCCGAAACGUGAUCACGUAAUUCGGCAACUGGAGGAGUCUCGUAACGCAGCACUGAGGCGAUUUUUCAGCGUAGUGAAGCAUUUCCAGUCCAACAGCGAAAAGAAGUCAGUGUUAGCGACAAUAUCCGCGCACUGUAAACGACGAUUUUACUGGGAAAUUUGUGCUUCCCGUAACUGUAAGUCUUAG